AUGGCCGGCCUGCUGUCAAGUCUCCGAUCCGACGAUGUCUCCUCGGAAACCAACAUCGGCAAAGCCAAUGACACCGCCGAUAAUAUGGUUAUUCUCUUGCAAAAGCUUGUGACCGAGGUCCAGGCACUCAAUGAAAACUUCACCUUCUUCAGUGGCCACAGAGCGAGACAAUCCCUGGAACAGUCCGGGCCCCAAACUAUCCCCCAAGAACAACAGCAGAAUGCUCAGGAAAACCCCCCAAGCCUCGGGAUCGGUAUCAGCUCGCUCACCAAUGCGAACCAACCAGGCCACCCUACGCAAGAAGAAUUAGCCAUGUUGGAAUGCUUUCCCACCCCUGAACUUUUGCUCUUCAUCCUUCGAGACCUCGAGACUGCAAUCGAUCCAUGUGAUUGCAAAAUCGGGGGCGAGCCAGUUUCCGUUCUCUCCAUGGCCGAAUACCCCAGGAAGACACACGGGACGCAUUGGACGUUUCGGAACGCCAUCCUAGUGUUGUUCACAAACUCGGCUCCAUCCGCACCGCUCAGAUUCACUCUUCAUUCACCGGACGAGCAACCGACUCCAGGAGUGUUGGCGGCCUGCCGGAAGUUUGUCCAAACACAGUGGCCUUCGAGUAUCGUACGGGCAACCUGGACCACAUUCCCCGAGCCACUGAAUUCCGACCAAGACCCGUGCCCGUUCUGGGGCUUUAACGGAUCCAGUCUUCACAGCACGUUUGUUUACCAGCUCUCUGUCUGGUUGAUCACUUUGGGCCGGGAAGUUAUGGAUUUGAAGUCGGCCGCAUUCAUUCUCUCCCUGCAAGUGAGGCAACAAUUCCAGGCCGUGGAUGGUGAUCGUCUUCUUCAUUACAGGUUUCUGGCGUCGUACCUGAGCCCCUGGCCGCUUGCCCGCGAAUGGUUGCUGCACCUUUGUUUCCUACGGCUCACGGGAGUGCCUCGGGUGAUCAUGAUCAACUUUUCUAUGCGCUGGCUCUGUCCGACUGAGCCAUUGCCGGGGUUUGUCGGCCUUUCCCUCGAGCGAGAAUGGGGUUUGCUACCUAAACCUGGCAAUCGGCCGGCGGUGCCGGUAAGAGAAGGGAGGGUCUCGCUCCGUUUUGUCAGCUCCCUCAGCAUCCCUCCGAUCUUCAGCACUGUCAUCCUCCAAGACUUCCCUGUCGACCGCUCCAACUUGGGCUCGAAGUUGUUCACCUCACGAUCUCAUAGGAUACGUGUCACGGGUGAGAGCAGCAUUAGCGCCCUACAGCUCGUCUUGGGUAACAUCCUCGAACACGCCUGGUACAAAGGCUGGAUGUGUCUUCUAGACGAGAUUGACGACUGUGUCAAAGUUCGACCCGCGGACAUUCUCAACCCGAACUCCGCCGAGAACCUCAUGCUCGACGACUCGCUUGCCCAUUCAAAACUCUACUUCCAGCUCCUACACCUCCUCCGGAUCAUGCCCUUGUGGAUACGAGAGACCAAGUACGACCUGGAAAGACUUCGCAACGAAUGCAACAUAACAAUCUCCAGCCCCAUUCCGGGAUCGGACCACCACUCCUUCUUAGGGACCACGGAGCUAGUGCGCCAAAACUGGGACGAAGUGCUGUCUCACUUUCAUGCGCUGGAAAAUGAACUCGGCAGGCGCAUCGACGCGAAGACGGAUGAGAUCAGGGGCUUACGUGAUGGCCUCUUCAACGCAAGCAGUCUGCUGGAGGCGCACAAGGCUACAUCGAUGAAUCGAGCCAUCAUCAUCUUCACGACCGUCACCAUUUUCUACCUCCCCCUCGGCUUCGUCACAGCCGUUUUUAGCAUGGACCUCCUGCACGAGACAAAUCUCGCCAAUUUUAAGAGCCCUUACGCCAUAGCCAUGGCUACAGUAUCGAUCGUGACCUACUUGGUCGUUUUCGGGUCCGUUUUGUUCGUCGACCGUAAGAAGGCCAUGCCAUACAUGAUCGCCCGCCUUCGCGCUCUAGUUCCGGCUCGUCUUGCGUCUGGAGGGAGUCAACCUUCUUCCAACAUGCCCAGUGAAAUAACGGACGCAGAGUGGGAGAGGCACGGGCAAUCGGGUCCUUGGUCUGGCUUCUUGGCCGCGCCAGUUCUGAAGCCACGGCGGCGGUGGAAGUGGAGGAAGGGUGAUGUGAAGGCGAAUAAGCCGGAGGGAAAUGCAAGCGUGUAG